UAUCAAUAUCAGCCAAGGAGAAUGGAAUUAGGAGACUGUGCCAUACCCUUGUGCUCCGGAGAGAAAUGCAGUGUCGGUUCUUGACGAGGUUCGCGGCCAUCAACACCAUCGUCGAGCAGCAAUGGCGGCCAACUACUGGGUCUCGACCCAGCGCAAAUUCUGGACGUUCACACCCGAAAAGCUGUUCGAGAUCCGCGACGAUCUGGAGAAACAAAAUUCCAAAGUCCUCGAACAGUGGCCCUAUCCGGAUAGAAGGCUGAUGUUCAUCUUCCUGAGAGACAAAAUCUUGCAGCUAGGCAAGAGGCUGCAGUUCCGCCAGCAAUGCGUUGCCACUGCCAUGGUCUACAUGCAGCGCUAUUUCCUCUCGACACCGAUGCAAAACGUCAACCUCUACUUGCUUGUCGCGACAGCUUUCUAUCUUGCCUCCAAGACCGAGGAGUCACCCCACCACAUCCGCCUCGUCGCCGCUGAAGCGCGCCAAGCAUGGCCGGAAUUCGUGCCGGGAGAUGUCUCGAGGCUGGGGGAGAUGGAGUUCUGCCUCAUCUCGGAGAUGCGCUCACAACUAAUUGUCUGGCACCCCUACCGCUCCUUGAUUGCGCUAAAAGAGAAUCAAGAGCUCAAGUUGACAAAUGACGAGCUUGGCCUGGCUUGGUCCAUCAUCAACGACAGCUACAUGACGGAUCUGCCGCUGACGUGUCCUCCACAUCUUAUUGCCAUUAUUGCAAUGUUUUUAGCUGUGGUCUUUUUGCCUUCCGCGAAGGCAGCGGGCACAUUGCGUCCCUUGCCCCAUGAGACCCUUUCAAACCCGGACUCCGGCCAUUUUUCGUCUCUUGGAGUCGGUGGUCGCCAGAGCCUGUCCACUCCUUUCAGCAACGCCCUGAGCAACUUGCAGAUGUCGAAUCAGAUAGCCGCUCAAAGCAACGCCAGUGUCAAUGGAAAAGCUCCGUCUCUGAAUCAGAAUGAUCCAGCUUCGCAGCAGCCAUUAGACAAAGAGAAAGCGAUAAUCUUGAGCAAGGAGAAUGAGAAGAUGCAGAAUACCUUGAAAUUCUUGGUCGAGUCUGGCAUCAACAUUGAACAAAUGAUUGAAGGCACCCAAGAACUGAUCAGUCUGUACGAUAUUUGGGAGCAGUACAAUGAAAAGGCAGUCAAAGACGCUGUUGCCCGAUGCAUGAAGACGCGUGGAUUGGAUAGCUAGUUGCUAUGGCAAUUUACCAGCACAUCCAUUCCGACACCUUCAGGCUUCUGACUUGGUGGCGCCCGCCCCAGCUGCACCAACCUGCUUUCGGAUUUCGAGAACGACGGGCUUUAUUCUGGCCACUGGUUCGUUCCAAUCGCAAGAGGCCAGUUUCUUACUGGGGUAGUCGACAUAGAGAAAAUCGGCCGCAAUAUUGCGAAUCUUACACGGUUAGCCCAGCGUGAUACCACAAAGGAUGAGAACGGGAAAGUACCUUUGGCCAGCGAUGGAGUAGCUGUCGGGUCAAUUUAUCCAGCGCCCUAGCACGAUAGGCAUCUAAAGCCAACAUCCUCGAGUAGACAUUCAGCGAAGCUUCAAUUCUCUGGAGGCUUGACAUGGGGCUGUGGACUUUUUGCAUCACAGUCCACAAGUCAAAACCAAUGUUGUCUGAACAGUCGCUGGAGUCGACAACGUAUAGAUUUUGAUCAAUGAUGAAACACAGAAAGUCAAGCAAUGGGAGAACCUGGCGGUCAUCUUCUUGAGCCUUGAGCGCAAGCCCUUCAACAACAAUGGUCGAGACCGCCCCAGCAAGGGUUGCCUGCGUCUCGGCGUCAAGAGACUGCAUGUGCAGGACGAACGCAUUACUUGCAGCACGACAGAGAUCUUCUGCGCCGGAGGUUGCCGACGAGACUAAUCCAAGAAUGAGAUCUCUCUGUGCCCAGGGUAUGCAUAUUAGUUCCAUCAGUUGCCGGAAGUAUGUGACUGACGACACGUCGGUGGGAUAAUGGAAAGUAUUCUGCGGGACCGGCAAGCAAGAGUCCGUCUUCCAGUGGCUCUCGAGACACUUCCAUGCGCGGAAACGCACGUUGGCUAGCUUCUCUGCUGCCAAUUUGACAACAAGUGGCAUCACGUCUUUCGAGAUUGCGCCAGCUUGUUCUCGAGAGUCGAAUUGACUCCGGUACAUGUCGACAGUCUCGAGUGUCUGCAGUCGGAGGGUUGAGCCGAUGUCCCCUCGCUGGUCAUUAGUGUAGUCCUUUAAACCACAUUGGAACGCACUGUAUAGUCGGCUUGUCAUAUCUUCGUCAGUCUCUGGUAUUGCACUGGCUAAUAUGACGCCCAGAGCCUCCAUGGCAUCAACUCUGGUCUCGAUUUUGUAUGGUCCCUGGACAACAUCCAUCAUGUACGAGACGAUUUUCC